AUGGAAACAUCCUACCCCUCUUCAACCCUCCCUUCUACAUCAUCCUCCCCUCUUACCUUUUAUAACUCCCUCCCACCAUCCAACUACACUCUAUUCGAUCUUACCGUAACCCCAAUGUCAUAUCGAGACCGAAUUACUGUAGAAUUUAUUUUGAACAUAUCUUCCUGGCUAUUGAGCACUUUUUUGGUGAUCUUUGUCAGAUUGAAAAAAGCUAUUUGGGUGUCGUUAAAAAGUACAAUAGUUUUUGUUACCGUUGGCUCUUUCCUUCUAAAUAUUCCACUUAUUCUAUUUCAAGCUUGGAUGGUCUUCAAUUUACAAUUUGGUCACGAGCCUGUUUAUUCUGUUCUUGUCUGCUCAUUUUUCAAGAAUUUCUGCAGUUCCACUACCUCUGCAUACCAAGUUCUUCCAUUUGCAGUUUCACUAUAUCGGUACCGUACUGUUGUGUUGAAAGGACACCCAUCGCCAUCAUUUGUUAUCAAUGUUCACAGUUUGGUAACUUUCAUUUUUAUUAUUUACGCUUUUCUCAACUAUCCACUUGGUCAAAACAAUACAAACGAUGUCUGUUAUAUUCUUCGAUUUAGCAAUGGAAUGGAGCUGGUUAGAAUAUUCUCCACACUUCUCUUCAACUUCGCAGCUAUCAUCGUCAAUUGUGUCAUUCUUCGAUUUGUGAAACACUUUGAAAGAAUCCCAAUGCCGGCAUCAUUCGGUUCUACAUGGUAUGCUCUAACAUUUCUCGGACCAUUUCUCAUGCCCCUAUCAUCUAUUCUUGGUAUUAAAAGCACUAGAAAAGAACUUUUGGAUACUAUGCUUUGUGGAUGUUUUCCUCGACCUUCGGUGGGAAACAAUCAGAUAAAAUCAGCCGUCACUGUGAUACUCGCAUCCAGGAUGGAAAGAAGCACUUUCACAGUUCGGGACGACGAUUAG